CUCCCUCGGGAGAGUGCAAACACUGACACGGAGAGGAAAUCUCGCGGUCGAACCCACAGGCUCAGCAUCUGCAGAGAGAAACGGGAAAGAAAAAAGAACACGGAAGAGCAAUGUUCUUCGAUUUCUCAGCUCGACUCAGUGCUCGUUAGAGGUGGGUUAAUACCGAAUUUCAGGCUCUAAUCUCUCGUAUUCUCUUCGUUCCAUUUUCAGAUCUGCAAGCUCUAAAUUUUGCGUCGCCGGAUUCAUCUGUAUCUCUCGAGAUCUGUGUUUUUCUUAGUGUGAUUCUUGAGCAUUUAGAUUUGUGGUUCUUGUUUGAUUCGUGGUGAUCGAUUCCGUAAGCUUGUGGGUCGGGAGAAUAUGUUGGGUCGAUCUGCAUUUUCGAGAACCGGAGGCUUUCGUCCGGAGAAUUUAGGGCAAAACGCCCUAAACUUGAUCGGGAACAUUGGAUUCUCGUUGUUUGUUGUCGGAGUCUUGGUGUUCACCAUUAUCGCAGCUACCUAUGAGCCGGAAGACCCGCUUUUCCACCCAUCAAACAAGAUGACCACUUUCCUUACAUCCACAUCCAAUGCCACAUUGAAAGCCGACGACACUGUCGUUAAGACCGGUGAAGAUUUCAUGGCGGUCAACCAAACUGCCUUCUCUGCGUUUAUCAACAUUACAGAUGUUGAGAACACUGACAACACUUCCGACACUAGCCAGUUGGAUUGUGAUGCCAAUAGUCCCAUUGAUUGCAAAGAUCCUGAGGUUUUCCAUUUGAUGAUGAAAGCUACUAUAGAGAAGUUCAAGGACAUUCACUUCUACAAGUUCGGGAAACCGACUCCUGGGGAAGGUGAUAAUACUUGCGAUAUGGCUUGGAGAUAUAGGCCUAAGGAUGGGAAGACUGCUGCAUUCUACAAAGAUUAUCGUAGGUUUGUGAUAGAGAGAUCCGAGAAUUGUACAGUCAGUGUGAUGAGCAUUGGAGAAUAUCAUUCGGGUGUGAAUGCAAGGAAGCGGAAGAAGAAUCAGAAACCUGGGUUUGAGAAAACUCCUGGAAAGAAAGACGAUGAUUUCUCGUUACCAGUGGUUGGUGAAGCGGUGAAUGAUUCCCUUCCCGUGAUUGAGUCGGAGAAUGCAUUUAAACAGGGUAAGUACUUGAUUUACGUGGGGGGAGGAGACAGGUGCAAGAGCAUGAAUCACUACUUGUGGAGUUUCUUGUGUGCAUUAGGUGAAGCUCAAUACUUGAACCGUACGUUAGUGAUGGACUUGACUCUGUGUCUGUCUUCGAUCUACACAUCAUCCGGUCAAAACGAGGAAGGAAAGGACUUUAGAUUUUACUUUGAUUUCGAGCACUUGAAAGAGGCGGCUUCAGUCUUGGAUCAAGUUCAGUUCUGGGCAGAUUGGCGUAAAUGGCAUAAGAAAAAUGGGUUCGGCCUUCAUCUUGUGGAGGAUUUCCGGGUCACGCCCAUGAAGCUUGCUAAUGUGAAAGACAUGUUGAUAAUGAGAAAGUUUGGUUCGGUAGAACCAGAUAACUAUUGGUACAGAGUUUGUGAAGGUGAAGUAGAAUCCGUUGUACAAAGGCCUUGGCACCUACUAUGGAAAUCAAGAAGGUUGAUGGAAAUCGUGUCUGCUAUUGCGUCGAGGUUGAACUGGGAUUACGACGCUGUCCACAUCGAGAGAGGAGAGAAAGCAAGAAACAAGGAGCUGUGGCCUAACCUCGAUAAGGACACUUCCCCGAGUGCCCUGUUGUCCACCUUGCAGGACAAGAUUGAAGAAGGGAGGAAUGUGUAUAUCGCAACAAAUGAACGGGAGAUUUCGCUCUUUGACCCGUUGAAAGAUAAGUACACGACCCAUUUUCUCGACGAGUACAAAGAUCUAUGGGAUGAGGGGAGUGAAUGGUAUUCAGAGACGAUGAAGCUAAACGGGGGGAACCCAGUCGAGUUGGACGGUUACAUGAGAGCCUCUGUAGAUACAGAAGUGUUCUUGAGAGGGAAGAAGCAGAUGGAAACUUUCAAUGAUCUUACCAAUGACUGCAAAGAUGGAGCUGGCACUUGCAAUGCUGCAUCUACCUAAUCUCUCUCUCCUUCAACAACUAAAUUCCAGGUUAUUUCCCUAAGCCCUUCUCUCAGAUUCGGUGUUUGUUAUUUGAUAGAAAAGCUUGUUUCACUUGUUGUUUUUCCGGUUCUUGUCCAUGCAGAAUUAGCUUUCCAUGUUCCCACCUUCAUUGUUCCACUCUGUUCUUUAAUGAAUCUUUGCGUGUUCCUCCCUCUUGUGCUUCUGUUCACUGUGUCCUGUAAGAAAGAAACUGCUACUACAUCUCUCUCUUGACGCAACCAUUCUGCUUUA